GAUAGUUGAAAUAUCGAUAGAUAUCGCCCAUCCCUAAAUUCUCUGGUACGUGGCCGUAUCGAGACGAUAGACAAAUAGGAUAUAUGUGAAAUCUGUGACGCGUUAAUUGUUUCUAUUAUUUUUUUGUAAUAAGUAUUAUUGCUAUUAAAGUAUUGUUAAAAUACGUUCAAAUACAAUUAUUUAAAUAAUAAAAUAUUUAAUAAAGAGUGUGAUAUAUUAAUUGGUUGAUUAAUUACGAUUUUCAAGAUGGCAGAAGGUUACACGAUUGCUAAGGAACACACGAUUACGUAUGAAUGGAAAAUAAAGAACAUUAGUUCACAUUUGAAAAAGGUAGAAGGUAAUUCCACUAUUUUAGAGUCAUCAGCAUUUUCCACAGGAGCUAAAAUUAACGACAAGUGGUGUAUUAAAUUACAUUUGAAUAAUGGUAUUAACCCCAUACAUCCUGAAACCUAUACAUCAAUAUUUAUAUAUAAUUUGACUGGCUAUAAUGUAACAGCUAAAGGUUCAUUUUUUUUGUUAAAUAAUAAACAAAGAGCAGUCUGUUGUGCGGAUUUCAUUCAAAACUUCAAGAUGGACCGAAUUUCGGGUUAUCACAAAUUUAUACGCAAAGAAUUAUUAUUAAAAGAUAAGGCUGAACUGAUACCUGAUGACGUUUUAACAGUAGGCGUUGAUGUCAUUGUUACUGAUGAUGCGAUUACAAUUCCAAUCAAAAGUUCAUUUAACUUUUCGAAAAGUCAAAUGGUAGGUGAUAUUAAAGAAAUUUACAUCAGCAGAGCCAACAGCGAUGUCACUAUUGUUGUUGGGGAUAAAGAGUUUCAAGCACAUAAAUUUAUUAUGAUGGUGCGUAGUCCAGUUUUAAGUAAAAUGUUGACUCAUGAGAUGGUUGAAAAAAAGUCGAAACAAGUUUCCAUAACUGACAUCACUCCCGAAAUCUUUGAAAAAGUCCUAGAGUAUAUUUACACUGAUCAGGUAAUUGAUCUAGGUGACGAUGCUUUUGAUUUGUUAGAGGCCGCCAAAAAGUAUCAACUCCUGUCGCUCGAAAAAAUGUGUGAACACUCACUCUGUACAACCUUGAGCCGUCGAAAUAUCGUAAAACGGAUGAUACUAGCUGAUCGUCAUGAUGCUGGACAAUUGUUGGAUUACUUUACUGAGUGCAUUAUAGCCGAUGCAUCAAACAUUAUAGCGACAGAUAAUUUCAAAGAACUUGAAAAAUCAUGUCCAUCUUUAGGAUUUCAGUUGUUUAAAAAAUUUGUUUCAAGCUCAAAUACCAACGAACCCAAAAUUACUUAUUCAUCUUAGAGCCUGGCAAGCGGAAAAGAAAAUUAAAAUAGUUUAAACUUUCACAACUUAAGAAGAAUAUUUUUACACAUUAAUUAUUAUCAAUAAUACUUUAUAUAUUUUUCGUUUUUUCUCACAAAAAUUAUGUAAUAAAUAUUAGUUUAUCAUUUAUAAUAAUUAUUUAAACAAUUAUCGAUUUAUGUAAAUAAAAAAAAAAAAUAAUAAAAA